AUGUACGAGGGCAAGUGGACCGGCCUCACGGUCCGCAAGACCUUCUUCGAAUAUUUCGAACAAAGAGGGCACACGAUAGUGCCCUCGUCCUCCGUCGUCCCUCACAAUGACCCCACGCUCCUGUUCACCAAUGCUGGCAUGAACCAGUUCAAGCCCAUCUUCCUCGGCACCGUCAACAAGACCGACCCAAUGGCCUCCUGGAAGCGCGCUGCCGACUCCCAGAAGUGCAUCCGUGCCGGCGGCAAACACAACGAUCUCGACGAUGUCGGCAAGGACAGCUACCACCACACAUUCUUCGAGAUGCUGGGCAAUUGGUCCUUCGGCGACUACUUCAAGAAGGAGGCCAUCCAGAUGUCCUGGGAGCUUCUGACCAAAGUGUACGGUCUGGACCCCAAGAGGCUGUACGUCACCUACUUCGAGGGCAACCCAGACAUGAACCUCGAACCCGAUCUGGAGGCCAAGGAACUUUGGAAAUCCGUCGGCGUGCCGGAGGACCAGAUCCUGCCAGGAGACAUGAAGGACAACUUCUGGGAGAUGGGCGACCAAGGUCCUUGUGGCCCUUGCUCUGAGGUUCACUACGAUAAGGUGGGAGGCCGGAAUGCUGCCCACCUCGUCAACCAGGACGACCCAUUGGUGGUCGAGAUCUGGAACAAUGUGUUUAUGCAGUACGACCGGCAAAAGGAUAGGUCUCUGAAGCCGCUUCCUGCGAAGCACAUUGAUACUGGCAUGGGAUACGAGCGUCUCGUCUCUGCACUGCAAGACAAGGUUUCCAACUAUGCCACAGAUGUCUUCACGCCCCUUUUCGCGCGGAUACAAGAGGUCACGGGAGCACGGCCAUAUGAGGACAAGUACGGCAAGGAUGACGCUGACGGCAUUGAUACUGCCUACCGUGUGGUCGCCGACCACAUCAGGCUGCUCGCCUUCUCCAUUGCCGAUGGCGCGGUCCCAAAUAACGAGGGAAGAGGCUACGUUGUCCGAAGAGUGCUCCGUAGAGGCUCACGAUACGCCCGCAAAUACUUCAAUGUCGAAAUCGGGUCGUUCUUCUCCAAGAUUCUACCUGCUCUCGUCGCGCAGAUGGGCGAACAGUUCCCUGAGAUUCUCAAGAAGCAGAAGGAUAUUGCUGAGAUCCUUGACGAAGAAGAGGUGGCUUUUGCCAAGACGCUGGAUCGCGGUGAGAAACAAUUCGAAAAGUUCGUUGCGGAGGUGAACAAGAAGGGCGAGAAGAAGCUCUCUGGUCUCCAGGUUUGGAGGCUGUACGAUACGUACGGUUUCCCCGAGGAUCUGACGAAAUUGAUGAGCGAGGAGCGAGGACUGGAGCCAACUGACGAGGCUGACCUUACUAAGGCGAGGGAAGAGGCACGUGAGGCCAGCAAGAAGGUCAAGGACAAGGCGCAGGCAUUCCCAAAGCUCAACGUGCACCAGAUCGCGGAGCUUGAGAACCAACACAACCUGUCCAGGCCGGAUUCCGAACCCAAGUACGGCAAGGGAGACAUCACUGCAAACGUGCAGUUAAUAUUCACGGGUGAGAAAUUCGUCAAAUCCUCCAAGGACAUACCAGCGGAGACCCCACUCGGUCUCAUCCUCGAUAAGACAAAUUUCUACGCCGAGUCUGGCGGUCAGGUCGCUGACACGGGCCGGAUUCUCGUGGACGAUGAUGUCGCCGAAUUCAAGGUCCAAGACGUACAGGAGUACGGCGGGUACAUUGUGCACAUCGGCUACUUUGACCACGGUUCGCUGUCAUCGGGCGACAAGGUGAUUUGCGAGUACGACGAGCUCCGUCGUCAACCCAUCCGCAACAACCACACGGGCACGCACAUUCUCAACCACUCCCUGAGGGAAGUCCUGGGCGACGAUGUCAACCAGAAGGGCUCGCUUGUGGACGAUGACAAGCUGAGGUUUGACUUCAGCCACAAGCAGGGUGUCACAAAUGCGGAGCUCAAGAAAAUCGAGGAUGGCUCCAAUGCGUACAUCCGUCAGAACUGCAAGAUAUACUACAAGGAUGUGGACCUUGAGGCUGCGAAGCAGAUUGAGGGUGUACGCGCCGUGUUCGGGGAGACAUAUCCCGACCCUGUCAGGGUGGUGAGCGUGGGUAUCGAAGUGGACACUCUUUUGGAGAACCCCAAGAACCCCGAGUGGAGGAAAGUCAGUGUGGAAUUCUGCGGCGGUACCCAUGUGGACCAGACCGGAAUCAUCAAAGACCUGGUCGUCGUCGAAGAGAGCGGCAUUGCCAAGGGUAUCCGAAGAAUUGUCGCCUACACCGGCGACGCGGCACACGAUGUGCAGCGGAUUGCCCGCGAGUUUGCAGGUAGACUCGAGCAGCUGGAUAAGCUGCCUUUCGGACCGGAGAAGGAGGACCAGGUGAAGAAGACAGGCGUGGACCUCAACCAGCUCACUGUCUCGGUGCUCGACAAGGAGGAUCUUAAGGCCACGUACGCCAAGAUCCAGAAGGGUGUCGCGGACGAGCAGAAGAAGCGUCAGAAGGCCGAGAGCAAGACCGCCCUGGACACAGUGACGGGACACUUUGCGAAGCCCGAGAACAAGGAGUCGACGUGGUUCGUCGGACAGCUGCCUAUCAGCGCCAACAUGAAGGCUGUCAGCGAUGUGAUGACGCACUUCAAGAGCAAGGACAAGACCAAGAGCGUGUAUGUCUUUGGUGGGUCCAAGGAAUCAGGUGUGGUACAUGGUGUCUACGUCGGAACGGAUCUGGCUUCGAAGGGCAUCACCGCCGAGAAGUGGUCGACCACGGUCACAGAGAUCAUCGGCGGGAAGGCAGGAGGCAAAGAGCCCACCCGCCAGGGCGCCGGAACGCAGCCCGAAAAGAUCGAGGAUGCGGUCAAGAAGGCCGAGGAGUGGCUGGUCGCGGAGAUGGAAAAGCUGAAGGUUUGA